AUGGCAGACACUCGGAAAAACAUUUUGCAUCUCAUUGCUGAUGACCUAGGCAAAUGCCUGGGCUGCUACGGCGCCAAGGGAGUCAAGACGCCCAACAUAGACGCCUUGGCCAGAGGUUCUGUCGUCUUUGACAAUGCCUUCACAAGUACUGCAUCCUGCAGCCCAAGCCGUACUGUCAUGUACACCGGCCUCCAUCCUCAUGAGACGGGCCAGUACGGUCUGCUCGGCGGUAAUACUCACUUCCAAUGUUUUGACCACAUUCAGAGCGGUGUGCGCCUAUUCAACUUUCUGGGAUAUCGCACUGGCAUCAUUGGAAAAGUCCAUGUCGGCCCACCCGACGUGUUUCCUUGGCAGACCCGUGAAGAGAGCGAGACGAGGAACGUCGCAUGGACAGCCGAGCGCGCCGAGGCCUUCUUCCAGGGCGCCAACGAAUCCACUCAACCCUUCUACCUGACUGUGGGAUACGUUGACCCUCAUCGUGACAUCUGGACCAGGGGGGAGUUUGGGAAUAAAGAGAACUGCGAUGGAAACUUUAUUGCCUCAGACUUUCAGCCGAGCAAUGUGGAAAUACCAUCUUGGCUUACGGAUCUUGAGGAGACCCGCACCGAGUACGUCGAAUAUUACAAGGCGAUAGAGCGGUUUGACUAUGGUAUCGGUCUGGUUCUCGACGCCCUAAAUAGGCAAGGCCUCGUCGAAUCCACGCUUGUGGUAUUGUGUAGCGACAAUGGGCCACCUUUUAUCAACUCUAAGACAACACUAUACGAUGCUGGUGUUCGCCUACCGUUCCUUGUUAGAAAACCAGGGUCCUCUAAGCCGGGGAUUCACAACCCCAACAUGAUCAGCUAUAUCGAUAUCCUCCCGACUUUUCUCGACUGGGCCGGCGCGCCUCUUGACUGUGCUGCGCCGGCUAAAACUGAAGGGGAUCAGGUCUACACACGAGAGACUCGGCCUCCAGCUCAUCCGCGUAGAGUUGGUAGGUCAUUCCUGUCCAUUAUCGACCGUGCCGACAUUCUUCCCGAUACCCAGUGGGAGCAGCGGGUUCAUGGGUCUCAUACCGUUCACGAGAUCGCGAACUACUGGCCGACCCGCUUCGUGCGUGAUAGACGGUUCAAGUAUCACCGAAACAUUGCCUGGCGUUUGGACUUUCCAUUCGCAUCCGACCUCUACGCUAGCCGCGUUCUUGAGGGCAUCCGCAGGAACCCGGAACGCACCACUGAUGGCGACGUGAAGGUUGGCCAGCGAAGCCUCAAAAACUAUAUCAAGCGCCCUGCCGAGGAACUCUUUGAUCUUGAGAAGGACCCGGACGAGCUGGUAAAUCUUGCGGGCGAAGCGGAGUAUAAAGAUAAACUUCUCUCUAUGAGGAAGGACAUGGAGCUGUGGCAAGACGAGACCAAGGACCCUUGGCUUUUGAGGGAUGGGCAAAGUGUACAUGCACUAUCGAGAUACCGCAAUGAUGGGCUGGAGGUACCACAGUCUUGGGAUUUCGUGGCCGAUGCAUUCGAGAUGGAUCGCAUUACUAAGCUUAAGAUCGAUGCUGUCAAGCCACUGGAAAAAGAUGACAAGACAAACUAA